UUUCCAUUUUUCAUUUUCCCAAAAGCUCCAUUUAAUUAAUUUAUCUCCAUUCAAAACGAAAAAAAAAUCACAUUAGAGGGAAAGAGGAAGAAGGAUUUGAUUAAUCCUUUAAUUUCCUCUUUCCUCAUUUUAAUUUCUCCAUUUUUUAAUUCUUUUUCUUGAUUAUAAAAUUUUAUAAUUUCCUAUGAGGAAACUGUGUCCAAAUUUUGACCGGGAAGAUGCGCUCGAUACGGUGUUGGAAGUUCCGAUACCGGAGGAGAUGUUUACGAAUAUGGGUCACAGCGGUGCUUCACGAUGGGCUAAUAUGCGGGCAUUAAUGAAAGCUCAAUCGGCUGAUAAAUCGUCUCAUUUACAAGCUAAAUCUAAUAACGAAUUUAUGGCAUUGCUCAAGCUUGUUGGCUCUCCUCUUGUUCCCUUUCAAGUUCAUCCUGAUCAGUCUGUUGCGUCUCGCCCUAUGAUCAAAGAUUGUUCCAUCGAGGCUUCGACGGCUCAAUAUAUAGUAAACCAAUAUGUAGCAGCGACAGGUGGGCCAAUGGCGUUAAAUGGGGUGAGCAGCAUGUACGCAGUGGGUCAGGUUAAAAUGGUCGGGUCAGAAAUGCACGAAGGCAAUGGCAACGUCCAGACCAGAGGGAAUUCUGAAGUUGGUGGGUUUGUGGUUUGGCAGAAAAACCCAGACCUUUGGUACCUUGAAUUAGUUGUUUCUGGUUACAAAGUUAGUGCAGGCAGUGACGGUAAGGUUGCUUGGAAUCAAUCUUCUUCUCAACCCUCUCAUGCCAAUAGAGGACCGCCCCGACCCCUGAGACGAUUCUUUCAGGGAUUGGACCCUAGGUGUACGGCCAAUUUGUUCGUGGAUGCAAUUUGCAUAGGAGAAAAGAACGUCGACACAGAAGAAUGUUUCGUGCUCAAGUUAGAGUCAGACGCCGUCACCUUGAAAACACAAUGUUCACCCAACACAGAAAUUCUUCACCAUACAAUAUGGGGAUAUUUCAGCCAAAGGACAGGAUUACUUGUGAAAUUUGAAGAUACAAAACUUGUGAAAAUGAAACCUAUAAAAGGAAACGACAGCGUGUUUUGGGAAACAAGUAUGGAGUCAGUAAUUGGGGAAUACAAAUAUAUAGAAGGCAUUAAUAUAGCACACAGUGGAAAAACAAUUGCAACAUUAUAUAGGUAUGGAGGGGCAAAUAAUCAUAAGAGGAAGAUUGAAGAAAAUUGGAGAAUUGAAGAAGUUGAUUUUAAUAUUUGUGGAUUGUCAAGAGAUUGGUUUUUGCCUCCUGCUGAUCUAAAGAAAGAUCAAGAAGGUGUAGAGUAAUGACAAUGCUAAUUAUAUUUAUGCAUUUUUUGCUUAUAAUUUAGUUUUUAUUGGUAGGGAAGAAUUGAAACUUGAGGCGAUUUGAUUGUAUAUAUAUAGGUGAAGGUAAACUUGAAUUUUGCUUUGUUCAAUCUACAAUAUAUUUUUUUGGUUAUUAGAAAUGUCUUUACAAGCCUUUCAAAAAAUGUAGUUUACAAAAGCAAGAACUUUCUAACUCGUAUUUUAUAUGUUUAUGUGAAAAUGAAGAUUUAAACCAA